AUUUACACACCAACACCAUAAUCAUAAACACGUAUAUAUAUAGCAUUAUCCCUCACCAUUUUUCUAUCAUAAACUUUGCUUAAAAAAAUCGAAUCACAAAGAGAGAGAGAGAGAGAGAGACCUUUGAAGACUUCAUCAAUGGCUGUCAAACUUUACAUCGUAUACUACUCCAUGUACGGACAUGUGGAGAAACUAGCAGAAGAAAUAAAGAAAGGUGCUGCUUCUGUGGAAGGCGUUGAGGCCAAAUUAUGGCAGGUACCUGAGACACUGCAAGAGGAGGUGCUUGGAAAGAUGAGUGCACCACCCAAGAGUGAUGUACCACUCAUCACACCAAAUGAACUGUCUGAGGGUGAUGGUUUUGUCUUUGGCUUCCCAACAAGAUUUGGAAUGAUGGCUGCUCAAUUCAAAGCUUUUCUUGAUGCUACUGGUGGUUUGUGGAAAGCACAAUCGCUUGCAGGCAAGCCUGCCGGAAUCUUCUACAGCACUGGUUCUCAAGGUGGAGGACAAGAGACUACAGCGCUUACUGCUAUUACUCAGCUGGUUCAUCAUGGAAUGAUAUUUGUUCCAAUCGGUUAUACAUUCGGAGCCGGCAUGUUUGAGAUGGAGCAAGUGAAAGGUGGGAGUCCAUAUGGUGCAGGAACAUACGCCGGUGAUGGUUCAAGACAGCCAAGUGAGCUUGAAUUGCAGCAAGCAUUCCAUCAAGGGAAAUAUCUUGCAACCAUCACAAAGAAGCUUAAGGAAGCUGCAUAAUGUUGAUUUCAUAUAUAGACAUAUACUAUAUAUUAAACUACACCGAAAUAUUGCUUUAAACCCUUACCAUUUACCAUUUUUUAGACUUGGAAUAUAUCUGUCAUAUUUUCCUGUUUCUACAAAAAAAAAUCCUUCCAAUUUACAAAAAGAAAAUGCUUUGUAUGUGUGUUAUAUAGGAUGCAGUGGUUGUUGCAGAUUUGUUGAAUGAUGAAAGUUUGCUUGUAUUGUUUGUUCUUGUUAGGCUGGGAAAAUACUUAUUCCUAUAUUUUGUAAUGAACUUUAAUUCCAAUAAGCAAACAUUUAUAUA